AUGUGGGUCCAGGUGAGUUCCUGCCGUGGGUGCUUAGAGUGCCCCCAGCACAUACACACAGACGCAAACACCCUCGUCUCGUUCUCCGAGUUCUGCCAAGCCUUCGGAUUCCCAAGCGGCCCCGCCGGAGCCAACACGCUGCUGCUUUUCUAUGAGCUCUGGAGCCAAAAUGGCGUCCUGGUGCAGAAAGGAAGAGCUAGUGACUGCCCACAUCUUGGCUAUCACCCCGAAACCGUGCUGUUUGGCCCACAUGGGUACCUGUUCUCUGUCUUGGAGGAGCACGAGGAGGUGAGCUCCAUUCUGCUCUAUUCUAACUACACACCAUGUAUGGAGCCUCCAAACUGGUGUGUUGACAGUGUGCUGAAUUUUCUUGAGCGCCAUCCCUGGAUCCGACUGGAUCUGUUCUUUUCCCAACUCCACAACCCCCAGAACCCACAGAACCAAGCCGGUUUACGUAGCCUGGCAUCUCUGUGGCCUCGCGUCACCCUCUCCCCCCUCUCUGGCAACGCCUGGGGGGCGCUCAUUCGUCGCUUCGUAAAGGACGCCCCUCCGUCCGCUACCCGCGACCCCUUGCCGCUGGGGAGAACGGCCGCGGACCGGCUCAACGCUACCCGACUCUCCGCCAUCACGGGCAUAGGCCCAGCUUUCAUGGAUCUGACCCCUAGAGAGGACACCCGUCCUGGGGCUCCCAGAGCUAAGGCACAGCCUCUGAUUCUGCUCCCCCCGCCGCACCUCCACACCCGCAGGAUACACACGCCGGCCAGGCAGGAGCCUGCUUCACCACGGCCCCGUCCACAAAGACCCCUCCUCCGCCCGAUCAACGUGGUCAGGCACGUACGGAUGCCUCCACCCAGACCGGUCCAACUCACACCCCCCCUUGAGUCCUCCACGCCACCCCCUCUCCUGCUGCCGGGGAGAGUGGUGGAGGUAGUGCAGCUGGUGGAUAAGGAGGCUGAAACUGAUUCUUCAUCAAAGAGGAGCAGCAAGAGGGGCUGGUUUAAGUUCAGGAAGACGAAAUAG